CAUGGGUGAGAUAGUACCAAAUCAAUUAUUUGUUGCAGGUUAUAGUCGUAAAAAAAUACAAGAUGAAAAGGGAAUCAAAGAUAUAUUUAAAAAAUAUGGAACUAUCAAGGAAGUUGCCUAUAAAGGUUCCUAUUCUUUUGUUGUAAGAAAUUAAACUUCUAUUAAUAGACCUUCUCCUCAGAAACAGAAGCUUAGAAUGCUAUUUCUGCUCUGAAUGGAUAAGAGAUCAACGGAUAAAAGCUUAAAGUAGAUAUAGUGGAUAAUCGUAAAGGAAGACGUAAUGGUCCUUAAGAAAAUGAUGAGUGCUUUAAGUGUGGAAAAGGUGGUCAUUGGUAUUCCUUUUUUUGCUAUUUUAGGGCUAGAGAAUGUCCCAAUAGAUCAUCACCAACCAGAAGGAGAAGAUAUUCAAAUUCAAGAUCAAGGUAUUAAUAAUUUAUAUAUUUUUUUAGACAUCGAAGAUCAAGAAGAUCUAAUUCAAGAUCACGCUCAUAUUCUUCUUAUUCAUCAUCUCAUUCAAGAAGGAGAAGAGAUACAAAGAAGAGAAGCAGGUACAAUAGAAGAAGUAGAAGUCCAAGAAGAGACAACAAGAGAAAGAAAAGUACCAGUUGCAGAAGAUCACAAAGCAAUUCAAGAUCUAGAUCUUCAGUUAGCAAUAAAUAACGCUAGUCAAAUAAGUCAUCUUCAUCUAAAUGAGAAA